AUGGGGAAGACAUUAUCACAGCAGUCGUGCGGGGCCCCCGUGUCUGGCAUCAGGGCUGCCGGGUUCAACCUGGAGUCAUACAGCGGAGGGUCAGGAGCCAGGAGAGCCGGCGGAGUCUCAGUAGCCAGCGGAGGGUCAGGAGCCGGUGGAGGGACUGUAGAGGCUGCCGCUGAGGCCGUGACUGGAGAGGGCGGGGGAGCAGCCGGACCAGGCAGGGGAGGUGGAGCGGCUCGGACUGGAGAGGGCGCCGCUGAGGCUGGGACAGGGGAGGACGGCUCCGGGGCAGGAGGGGGCGGCGGCGGCCAGUCCUCGGCGGGCUCGGGCGGCGGUGGCCAGUCCUCGGCGGGCUCGGGCCGGCUCCAGUCAUCGGCGGGCUUGGGCAGCGGCAGCCAUCCCCUAAGGGCCCGGGCGGUGGCCAGUCCUCGGCGGGCUCGGGCCGGCUCCAGUCACGGCGGGCUCGGGCGGCGGUGGCCAGUCCCCUAA